AUGUCGGGUCUUGAACUGACUGGGAGGCUCCCGUGUCCGGGCUCCGGCCGCGCUCCCUAUCUGCUCUGCCCUGCGCUGCUUUUCCCGCGGUGCUGGGAAAGGUGGGAGAAAGGGGAAGUCAGGUCGGAGGAGCACCCUAACAGAGGAAGCGGCAGGGGAAGUGCGCGCGGGGGGGUCUAUGGGGCGGCCGGUCCGUCUGCUGCCUUUGCCACUGCCACCGCCGCUGCCAUAUUGGGUUCUUACUGUACAGGCAGCCGCUUUAGUCAUGUGACCGCUCCCGCGCGGUCGUCACUACUGUACGCAGCGGCUGCGCGAACGAGCGCGCGCGCGCCCCCCGCCUCCCGCACUCACGCCUGGCCACGCCCCCUCCCUUCCGGUCUCGGCCCCUUCUCAGGAGCAUGCGCAGGAGAGAGAGCCAGCCAGAGUUUGCGUCUGCGUCCCUGCGUUCACGCCCACGGCGAGAAUCUGCCUGCGGAAGCGGAACUAUUGGGGAAGGAUUCUAAAGCGGAUCUGAUCCGGACCGCGUGCGAGGUAAAUUCCUGGGUGAGCUCUCAGCAGGAGACUGUAAGGGUGGGACACGCCAUACAGAACGUGAUAGAGAAGGGAAGAAGCUAAGGGGUGCCCAGCCCCACUCAGCCUGACACGUUGGCUAAGAAGCAUGAAUGGCCUCAUUGGUUAUGCCCACCUCUCUGCAGAGCCAGACUUCCCGUCAGACAGGACAUCCUCAAGGCACAGCGUGAGACCCUGGGGACAGGAAGUACUAGCAAGCUUAAUUGGCCUUGGCACCAAAGCUAUUUUCAACAGUUUUAUCAUUAAAAAUAUUAUAUUUUAUCUCAA